AGGAAGUUCUGGGUGAGAGGUGAUUGUGGAGGAAGCAGAGAGGAGACGUUGGUGGAAGUGGCAGCAAAGGAGGUAGUUGUACAACCAAUAAUUCAGUCUAGAUAAUUCUCUGCUAUCCAUCUGUAGGGAGACCCACAUAGAUUGCAUCACAUGACUGCAUCAAUGAGGAUGGAGGAGGACCGAAGUCACAUGACUGAGAGGAUACUUAAACUCACCCUGGAGAUCAUCUACCUGCUGACCGGAGAGAGAUUUCCUCUUCUGAAGUCAGGUGAUCAUAUGACCAUCACAGUGCCUCCAUGUGACUCCCUAAAACCUGAGAGACACAACAUGCAGAAGAUUCUAGAAGUCACCAAGAAGAUGAUGGAGCUGCUGACAGGAGAGGUUCCUAUAAGGUGUCAGGGUGUCACUGUCUAUUUCUCCAUGGAGGAGUGGGAGUAUUUAGAAGGACACAAGGAUCUCUACAAGGACGUCAUGAUGGACAAUCAGCCGCCCCUCACAUCACCGGAUGGAUCCAGUCAUGGGAACCCACCAGAGAGAUGUCCCCGUCCUCUGUAUUCCCGGGAUUCCACACAGGAAGAUCACACCAUCCCUCACCAUCAUCAGAGUGGAGACCUGAGUGAUUCUAAAGUUCAUAUUAAAGAAGAGAUAAAAGAGGAGGAGGAUGAUGGUGUGAUGGAGGAGUUGGAGCCACAAAAAGUACACAAAGAUCUGUACCAGGACACCAUGGUGGAGUCAUCCAGCUACAGAAACCCACCAGAGAGAUGUCCCCGUCCUCUGUAUUCAUGGGAUUCCACACAGGAAGGUCACAUCAUCCACCAUGAUCAGAGUGGAAACCUCGGGGAUUAUAAUAUUGUUGUUAAAGAAGAGUUUAAAGAGGAGGAUGAGCACUAUGGCAUGAUGGAGGAACUUUCAGAAGCAUACAAGGAUCUCAUGGAUCCAGUCAUGGGAACCCAUCAGGGAGAUGUCCCCGUCCUCUGUGUAUUCCCAGGAAGGUCACACCAUCUCUCAUUAUCAUCAGGGUGAAGAUCUGAUGAAGAUGAAAGUUGAGGGUGAAGUAGAAGAGACGUAUGUGAGGGAUGAUCAGCAAUAUACGGAGGAGGCUGGAAUGACGAGGACAUUCAAAGAGGAGGACACUCCUACAGAGAUCAGCACAGGACACACAUCGAGGAACCCUCAAAGAUCAUCUCACUUUACCUCUAAGCUGUAAAAUGGAAGAUGAGGACAUCACAAGAGAUUGUGCAGGAGAAACAGCAAUGAUCUCAGCUAUGGAUGGUGGACUUCACAGUGUGGAUGGACCAU